AUGGCCCCAAAAGAUUCUCCCCUCCUGGUAUUCAUGACUUUGAGUAGUCUGCUCCCACACCAGGAAGCUGGCUGCCAUAUUGAAGAUCUGUGGAAAGAUCAGAAAGCCCUGUGGAAAGACAAGAUACUAAGGCCUCCAGUCAACAGCCAUGUGAGUGAUUCACUGAAAAGGAAGAAUAUUAGAAUAACUAAUGAGGACUUCUUUGACCACUCCCGCGACGUGGCGGCCAUCCACUGUGGACACAUCUUCCACCUUCAGUGUGGCCUAAUUCAGCGGUUUGAGACAGCACCAAGUCGGACUUGCCCACAAUGCCGAAUCCAGGUUGACAAAAGAACCAUUAUCAAUAAGCUCUUCUUUGACUUUGCCCAGGAGGAGGAGAGUGUCUUGGAUGCAGAAUUCUUAAAGAAUGAACUGGACAAUAUCAGAGCCCGGCUUUCCCAGAAAGAAAGAGAGAAACAGGACAGCCAGCUUAUUAUCGACACUCUGCAAGACACUCUGGAAGAGCACAACACCACUGUGGAAUCUCUGCAAAAGGCCUUAGGCAAGGCUGAGAUGCUAUGCUCUAUACUCAAAAAGCAGAUGAAGUUCUUAGAGCAGCAACAAGAUGAGACAGAACAAGCACGGGAGGAAGCCUGCAGACUUAGGAGCAAGAUGAAGACCAUGGAGCAGAUUGAGAUCCUACUCCAGAGUCAGCGGCCUGAGGUGGAGGAGAUGAUUCGAGACAUGGGUAUGGGACAAUCAGCGGUGGAGCAACUGGCUGUGUAUUGUGUGUCGCUCAAGAAAGAGUAUGAGAAUCUAAAAAAGACAUGGACGGCCUCGGGGGAGUUGGCUGACAAACUGAGAAAGGACUUGGUCUCCUCCAAAAGCAAGUUGCAGACAGUCUACUCUGAAUUGGAUCAGGCCAAGUGGGAGCUGAGAGUGGCCCAAAAGGACUUACAGAAUGCUGACAAGGAAAUCACGAGCCUGAAAAAGAAGCUUAAUGAUGUUGUAGGAACCUUGAACCUUCCACCAGUGGCCAGUGAGACUGUCAACCGCCUGGUUUUAGAGAGCCCAGCUCCUGUGGAGAUGCUGAACCUGAAGCUCCACCGGCCAUCAUUCGGUGAUGAUGUUGACCUCGAUGCUUCCUUCAAUGUGGAUACCCCACAAGCCCAGCCCUCCAACUCCCAGCAUGGCCACUCCAAGAGGCUAUGCCUUGAGAAGGCACACUCUCCUGUUCAGGACAUUCUCAAGAAGAUGCCCAGAGGUCCCAAGCAGAAGUCCCAGCUCUCUUUGGGUGGCUAGCACUGUGCAAGAGAGCCAGAUGAGGACCUGGCUGGUGCCUUCCCUGUCUUUAUCCGGAAUGCUGUUCUGGGUCAGAAACAGCCAAAGAGGGCCAUAGCAGAGUCCUGUCGCAGCACAGAUGUGAUAAGAACAGGUUUUGAUGGCCUUGGAGGCCAGACAAAAUUCAUACAGCCUACUAACACAGCCAUGAUUCACCCACUGCCUGUUAAACCCAAGACGAAGGCUAAGAAGAGAGUGAGGGUGAGGACUAUAAACCCUUCCUUCCUCCCAGGCCAAGUUGCCAUUCCUGUGGCAAUGAGAACAGUGAAUCUGAGCAGUGGCCAGACACAUGCCUCCAACUAG